UUUCCGGAUCCGGAUAUUCGGCUGUCAAUUCACCACCAUGAGCAAUUCGCUGGGGACCGUUGGCGCCGUCGCCGUUGGCCUUGUCGCCGCUUAUGCCGGUGUGAAGCUCGUUCGCGGGAAGGUGUACGACUUUGUCAUCGUAAAGAUGACAACGGAAUGGUACCGCGAAGUCCUCGACCUUCUUGCGCCCAAGAGUCGAGUCCUCGACGUGGGUAUUGGCACUGGCAUGGCUCUCAUUCACAACAAGGCUUUGGUGGAGUCGAAGGGCAUCAUCGUCGACGGCGUGGACUACGACAAGGACUACAUCAUCGACUGCAAGAAGAACGUGACCCGUCACAACAUGGACUCGUCGGUGCAGGUCGUCCAUGCGUCGGUGUACGACUACACGUCCGAGUUCAAGUACGAUGCCGUGUACUUUAGCGGCUCGCUGAUGAUUAUGCCGGAUCCCGUGAAGGCGUUGAGCCAUACAGCGAGUCUCCUCUCGCCCGACGGCCGAAUUUACGUCACGCAAACCAUCCAGACCAAGAAGUCAUGGGCCACCGAAGUGGCCAAACCGUUGCUCAAGUUUGUCACGACCAUCGAUUUUGGAAGUGUCACGUACGAAAAUCAGCUGCUGCGUGCGAUCGCGGACGCUGGAUUGAAGGUGCUGCUGAACAAAGCCAUCUCUGGAAGCUCCCUUGAUGCCGUGCAAUCGUACCGCUUGAUUGUGUUGGAGAAAUCGACUUACACUGUUAAACUGCGUUGUACUGUCUCAGCCUUGUGAUACCUACAAGCAACUUGGUAGUAUACUACUAGUAGUACGUUAGUAUAUCGGAACUUGAAGAGUAAUCUCACUAACAUGACGUUAACAUGAAGUUAGACAGUGCAGCAA